AUGGCAAAUCGAACACUCCCAAAGUUUGAACAGGCGGGAAGGUUUGUUGGAGAAGGAAACUCCGGAGCAAGGUGGCUGUCACGACUCGAAUAUGAUUUCAGGACGGCGGGGCAUACGACGGUCUCACCAGAAAAUUUUUUCUUCGCGAUUGAUAUCCUUUUUGAAGACGAAGCGGCAGGAUGGCUUGAUUCAACUCCGGAAUUAAGGGCCUUCAUUGACGACCGGCAGAAUUCGACAGAUGAGCAGGUGGCUGAGUUUAAACAACAGCUAAUUGAAAUGUUCCCCGCCAAGUUGGUAAAUCACGUCGAAGGGAACCUGCAGAAUGAUAUCCAGGAUUUUAUGCAGAAGGAAGCUGAACCACUGACAGCAUACUAUCAGCGUGCGCUACACAUUCUUCGUCGGUCACACGGAAGGGAUGCCCCAAGGACAGCAGCUCUGGGCAGACCAAUGAUUCCUAUUGAGCAAACAGUGCUCAACUCCAUUAUCCUUGCGUUCCUCAAUGGGCUUCGUGAAGAAGAUGUCAGGUGUGAAGCGCUUUCCAGGUCCGCGCUAUCAUGCGGUUCAAUGUGGAGAUGUCAAGAAAUAAUCCUUGGGGUUAAGCAAAGUCUAGAUGCGGCUAAGGAAGCUAGAGAAAGAGCCGCUGAGAGGAACGAAAUGGCGCAAAUUCGAGAUCUAUGCUCAUCUCAUUACGGGAAAUCCGUCUCAUCUGUGCUUGCAGACUUAAGUUCUGGGAGGAUAAUGGUACCUAAGCCAAGGCAGGGCUUCAGCAAUGAAGCCUCAUAUUAUCAACCUCGGCCUCCGCAUCAUCAACAACAACAGUUUGGGAACGGGUUCAAUCAUGCCAAUAAGGACUCACCUCCUGCCCAUCAGACUCUUGGAGGAAACACCACUAAUCGUCAGAGCACAUAUAAUCCUGGGAACGUGUCUAAGAAUGCGUUUGUUAAUGGAGCUGCUAUCUACAAGGCGAGUGAUGGACCGUUGUGUUUUGGAUGUGGCCAUGUAGGGCAUAUUAAACCGAAAUGUCAGAAUCUGCAACUUCAGAACUGGGAGCAAAUUCACCUCAAGAAUUUAAUAUAUGAUCGCCCUCAACCUCCGAGAGAAUCAAACUCGGUACACUACGGUCAUAGAUACGGUAGGUGGAAAGAGAGUCAAGAUUUUCACCGUCCACUAAAUCCUCACUCUGAUUUGCACAAUCUAAGUGAAAAUUAUUCCUCUAGAUCUCGAGGAAUGAAUGGUAACUAUAUGGAUGUCCCAGACCAACCUCAAUUGAACUCCGCUUUUGGAUAUAGGCCAGAAAACUACGGUUCAAGUCAACACAGCCGGAAUCACCCACCAGCAAGGACUGAGAGUCAGGAGACGCAUAGAGAUGAACCUGAGGGAUCUUGGAGAGCGCCGCCCAAAGUUCAUUUCGCGGAUCAAAGAGAUGCGGACUGUUCACUCAGUCAGUUUGCCGACAUCGAUAUACCAGAUGAUCAUUGGCAACACACUGAAUCAAAGGCCUGCGAACUAGGCACACAGGUUCAAUCAUUCAGCUCUGGACCAGGUAGGAAGAGGCAACGAAUCGAUAUAGAAGAUAUCCUUAGCAAUAAUUCGCCCAACGAGCCUGUCAAUGAGGAUGAAAAUCCUGGAAUAUGUCGGCCUAUAAAACCGGCAAGAAAAGGAAAGCGGAUUCUAAAGCAUUUGAGGGAGAUAGUGGGCAGAGAGGGAUGCGGCCCUAUGGAUUAUGUGGAACUGGCGAGAAGAAUAUGUAUACCUCUAAAUCUUCUUGAGCUCUGGCAAGUGAGUCCAGAUACGGCAAAGGAAUUCCGAAGACUCUCAACGAGGAUGAACAAGAAGAAAGGGAAGCAAGUGCCAGCACAAUUUUUCUCAAGUGCGGCCGAUAACGGUCUGGCUCGGUCGGUCCAGAAGAGCCAGGAAACAAAAGCUUUUCGAAUUCCUGUUGUAGCGCGCGCAGAAGCAAACGGGAAAAUAAUAAAAGUUGCAUUGCCAAAGCAUAUCUCGCAGGCAGACCAAGGAUCAGAGAUGAACAUCAUCUCGCAGGGCCUCGUUAAAGCUCUGAGGCUUGAAAAGAUCAGCUUGGGCACCAAGGGGUUCAGUGGUCUUACGAUGAACACAGCCGAUGGCAGUGCAACGGAAUUAUCUCAUUUUGUUAGUUUCGACAUCGGCGUUUGCAGAAUUUGGAGACGAAUAGAUGCGUUCGUGCGCCCAGUCGUGAAGAAGAAUGGUGAACUUGAUCUUCACUUACUUCUAGGAAUACCUUGGUUACACGACGUUAAUGCAGGGAUUUUUAUUCGCGACUCCAAAAUAAUUCUUGGAGAUCCGAAAUUGAAUGAGGCGAAGGCCGCUAUUGUAGGCCCAACGUUUAUGUCUUCGAGUGGGCACAAACUUGUAUUGUAUCCCAGACAAGCCCUGGAUGACGAGGGACAUAGGGAAGAACCGAGCGAACCACGCGCGAAAGAUAUUGUAGAAUCAGAUACUGAUACGACAGAUGAAUCUGACGAUACUGACUCUGAUUUUGAUGAUGAGCUCCCAAAAGUUGUUACUGAGGAAAUUACGAAAGAGGAUAGUGAAAACCCUUUUUGUCAACAACCUCAGGACUCUGAUCUUCAAUCUUGUGUCCAAUUUUCUAAUUUUCAUUUUAAUAAGAACGGUCAUCCUAAUGAUCCGAAUUCGUCACCUAUAUUGUCUUCCAACCGUGUCUUACUAGAGUCGAUGUCAUGUACGUUUGACGAGACCGCCUUUGAACCAAGUGACCAGAAAGCACCGCGGAUAUUAAAGAAGAACAGAGAUCUACUAACUAAGCAGCUGAUGAGCGUUAUGGGAGUUUCUGAUAGAAAACACUGCUUAACUGAUGGUACAGUUAAUGCCUUCAAUUCCCAGAACGACUCCAAUUCAAAUGAACCGUCGACUAGACUAAUUAGAGAAAGUUUUGACCUGGCCGGAACAUUUCCGACAUCCAGAAGACCCAGAAGCAGACCUUUAAGUAAGGCUCCGAAAGAAGAGAUCGAUGAAUGGUUUGGGAAAGUAGGAGUAAAGAUAGGUACAGCUGUAGGCGAUGACUUUCAACGAGACAUGGUGAAACGACUUCUAUUCACUUACCGCGAUAUCAAUGGAGUUGAGCUAGAGCAACUAGUCCCAACAGACCUCUAUGUUCAUAGAGUUAGGAUCAGAGAGGGGACUAAACCAUUUUCAAAAGUCAAGCAGAAAAGGUGGCCUCCAGGGAAGGAGUUUUGGCUUCAAAAAAUUGUUAAUGAGGGGCUAUCGUGUGGAAUGUUCGAAAAGACCAUGGCAGCAAAUGGAAAGUUGUCAGAUUGGAACGCGCAGGCCGUCAUAGUGGACAAGAGCGACAAUCCCGGACCUUGGGAUGAGCCGAGAAUUACGUUUAACUACCAGAAUGUGAAGGAAGACAUGCCAGGAUGCUACCUGGAAUUGAUGGCCAAAGUACACGACCAUUUGUCUCACCCCUCACACAAAUUUUUUCUGAAGUUUGAUGUGAAACACGGCUAUUGGAAUAUCCUCGUUCAUCCCGAAGAUCGACAUUUUUUUGCAUUCACCAUAGCCGGCAUUGGCCAAGUUCAGCCGACUCGGAUGCCUCAAGGAUCCAUGAGCGCAGGAUUCUCCUUCACGGAGCUAAUGUACAUUGUGCUUGGUGACAUUCCACCUGGUCAAAAUCAAUUUCCGGGCAUGAAGUCUGUACUGGUGCCCGAAGAUAAUAGUAGUCCUCCAAAAGCCUCAUUCUACAUUGAUGACAUGUUUUCCGGUUUUCAAAACUUCAAGGAUGCCUAUGAUUUUAUGGCGGAUGAAUUGUUUCCUCGACUAGAGUGGUCACGUCUCAAACUAUCAUUUAAAAAGAUGGAGCUAUUCAAGGAAGAAGUUGUGGCUCUAGGAACGCUUCAUAAGAAGGGCGGCAUUGUGUGUGUAACUCCUGAGAGACGAGACAAGAUUCGGAUAUGGCCUACCCCGACAAAUGCAUCAGAGGUUCGUGCUUUUCUUGGGGCGAUUAAUAUGACUCGACGAUGGGUUAAAAACUUCGCUGAGAUAAAGGUUCCAUUUUCAAGACUUACCGGUAACGGUGACUGGCGGUGGGGAGAGGCAGAGCAAGUUUCCUUCCAAUUACUACAGGAGAAAUGCUCCGGUGCAAUUGAAAUGCAUGGUUGGAACAUCAAAGAGUCAACGGUCAUGUACUCAGAUGCGAGCAACUUUGGAGCUGGCUGUGCUGUAACCCAGUCAAGGAUCAUUGGGGGUAAACGAGCUGAAGUUCCGAUCCUUUAUGACGCUUUCACAUUCACAAAAUGUCAACGAAAUUACGGGACGUAUAAAAGAGAGCUGUGCGCUAUCGUGGAAUUCUGCAGGAAAUAUGAUUAUAUGUUCAGGUCGCCGAUUCAGGGGACAAUCUUUACCGAUCAUCACCCGCUUACCUACUUCUUGAAAUCAUCUUGUCUUGAUGGUAUAUAUGCAAGGUGGGCAAGCGAACUUAGAUUUCUGAACAUUGAAAUUGCGUGGAUACCUGGGUCACGGAACCCAAUCGCGGAUGCUCUUUCUCGGACUAUCUUCCCGGGUGAAAUAGGAAAAACGAAGGAAUUAACGGAAUUUGGUGAUCUGGUCAACGAGAAUGGAGACCCUAAAUGGAUUUGGAAGGAUGGUACAAAUGGAUACGAAACAUUGCUGAAAUCCAUCGGUGAACCAUUAAAAGAGGAGGAUCUUAGGGCGUUGUUCCUGGGUGAUAUGGCUAGGAAGGAUCUUGAUUCGAAGAUGGCAAGUAUAAGCUUGCUUAUAAAGGAAUUGGGAGAGACAGUGCCUACGCAUGUAGCAUUUGAACUCCUGAAUUCGCUGUCCGAAAUAUCCACAGGAGUCUACAAAUCUUCCUGGGUUUCCGCAGGGGCGGAAGCUAUGGGGGGGAGUAACUGUCUCAUUUCUAACGUCUCAGACAGCCAAGUCCCAUCCACAGUGCCUCAGUAUAACAGUGCACCAUGGGUCAAAAAUGUGAUAAGGACAAAAACCAUUGCGCCUCACACGAGGUUCUCUGACUCAAUAUGGUAUAAAGAGAUCUCAAUAUAUCUGAAGACGGGAAUAGCUCCCAAGAAGAUCCAAACGAAAGUCCACCAAGCGGCGUUCCUCAAGAAGGCGAGUAAGUAUCAAGUACAGGGACCCGAAAGAGUACUCUAUCUUGAUGUUCAGGGAGUUCUUAAACGCUGCAUAACCGAAAAGGAAGUCUCAUCACUGUUGUUGCAAGCUCAUGACAAUGGGGGACACUUCGCCUCAUCCAUCACAAUGCGCAAACUAUCGAAGUAUUAUUGGCCUGCUAUGGUUAAAGAUGUUCGUGACUACAUUGCAGGAUGUCUGGUGUGUGCCAAACAUGGAACAGCAGUGAGAUCACAGAAAAUGGCGCGAGUGUCAAUAAGUACCCCGAUGGAACUACUUGGAAUCGAUUUCAUAGGCCCUUUUCCGAAGUUCGAGGGAGUAGAAGUGUAUUACAUCCUUGUGGUAGUGGACUAUUUCUCCCGGUUCGUGUGGUCGCAAGCAACAAAAUCUGACAACUCAGAAUCUGUUAUUUCUACACUGGAGCGAAUUUUCUUGGAGAAUGGAGUUCCCACAGGUAUCUACUCGGAUCCUGGCGCUCAUUUUGGGAAGGACACACAGCGGUUUGCGGAAUCCCGUGGAGUUAUGUGGUGCACGUCACCUGUUGCAGCAAAGAAAGCUACUGGUAUGGUAGAGAAAGCCGUCGACAUUCUACAACGAGCCUUGAAGAAGAACGCUCGUGAUCCAUCGAGAUGGCCAACGAUCCUAUCAAAAUCCACGUUUGAUGUAAACAGGAGGGACAUACUACACCUUGGGUUUUCUCCCCACGAAAUUCUUAAGGGCUUCGCACCUGAUGGGAAUCUCGAAGCUGUGUUUCCCUCAAACCAUCGAGAGAGUCUGAAGUCAUUAUUGAGUACAGGAACGCCAGAUGUGUUUCCUGAAGAUGACGAUGUGCAUGGAGACCUAGUUAUAGACUUUAUCCUUAACCGUGAAGAGACGAGGCGAACUGCGCUGAUCAGGUCAGAUUCGCAAAAAGAUCGUGCAAAAGACCGACAUAAUCUGGGCGUACGAGCUGGGCAUGUCUAUGUACCAGGGAGUCUAGUGAUGUUAUGGGACGCCAAAGCCGCUGGGAAAAAGCUCAGACCGGCAUGGAGAGGGCCGUUUGUCGUUGUGGGUUAUGGAGGUGACAUGGAGCGCUCAUUCAUACUAAGACAGGUCGAUGGGUCACGAAUCCCAAGGCAUUACUACGGAGACCAUCUCAAGCCUUUUCGACUUCGAGAGGGCUAUCUCAUAACUCAAGAGGAGGAGGAGAUUCCGGUCUAUCAGAACCUUCGGUUAGGGAAUGCGGCUUUUAAAUUGCCAAAGUAUGUCGAAAAGGUCCGUGGUGUUCAUGACGCAUGA